AUUAAAAAAAAAACUAAACUUUUGUUUGAAUUUUUGUUAUACGUGCGAUUUUACUUAUAUUUAAUUGUGAUAAUUGAGUUUUGAAAAAUACAUUUAAGUAUUCCAAAUGGUACACAAUUUAUGAAAACGAAUUGAAAUAAUAUAAUUCACUUUAAUUAAAAGUUACAAUGCCUAACCUCAACCAAACUUUGGUAGAUGAAAUUGCGGAAAGCUGUAUCAGAUCUUACAGAAAUCUUCCUAAAACUGGUAAAACUGUUAAUAACGAAUGGACGGUAUUGAGUUGUAUAGUGCAAUAUGAUAUGUUAACUAAAUCACAUGAAGUUGUAUCUUUAGGUACUGGAUCAAAAUGUAUUGGUGCCAAUAAGUUGUCUUCUCAAGGUAACAUUUUAAAUGAUUCUCAUGCUGAAGUCAUUGCAAGACGUGGAUUCUUAAUAUAUUUGUACGAGAAUAUAUCAAAUGCAAAUGAAAAUAAGCAAUCAAUUUUUGUAUUAAAAGAUCAUUAUAAGUAUACUUUGAAAGAUAAUAUAGAGUUCAUUUUUUAUUCAUCACAGAUGCCCUGUGGAGAUGCAUCAAUCAUACCUAAGACUGAAGAUUCCAGUGAUAUCUGUGAAUUAUUAUCUAGUAAUAAGAGAGAAGCUCAGGACGACUUAUGUGAUGUGGAGAACAAAAAAAAGAAGGUAGAUAUUCAUCGAACUGGCGCUAAACGGCUUCUGCAUGAUGAACAGGAUCCUAAGGAGUCUGGAGAAAACUACCACAGAGUGGCACAAGUCAGAACAAAGCCUGGACGUGGUGAUCGGACACUAUCUGUAUCUUGUAGUGACAAAAUUGCAAGAUGGAUACACUGUGGAGUCCAAGGAAGCCUUUUACAUUUAAUUUUACUCAAAUUUAUAUUCAUUAAACAUUUUAUAUUUGGAUCAGGUGUUCCUUACUCUGAAGAAACAUUGCACAGAGCUCUUUUGCAAAGGGAAUCGGAAGUUAAGUUCGAAGACAGAUUGAAAGAAAUACCAUAUUUCUAUAGGACCUCAUUAAUAUUUCCUCAUGUAAGGACAGAUAUAAAUCAAAGACCUGCUGCAAGUAGUGUAGUGUGGGCGAAAACAGAAAAUAGAUUAUUUGAAGUUGCAGUUCAAGGCAAAAAAUUAGGAGUAACAAAAAAGAAAGCAAAUGAUUUAUCCUCAAGUCUUAGCAUCAGCAAAUAUAAAUUAUAUAAGAAAUUUUUGGAAUUAUUGAAUACCAAUAAAGAGUUGAAGGAGAAUAUUUGUGGUACAGAGCCUGUAGAGAAUAUACCAUACAAUGAAAUGAAGAGAAAAGCAAUCCAAUAUCAAGAACAGUGGAGUGAAACUAAAGAAGUAUUUUUUAAAUCAUGGACUUUGAAACCAGAUAUUUGGAAUUUUUGUAUAAAUAAAAUAUCAUAAUAAUAAUGA